AGUCUGUCUGAGCAGGUGCUUCAGUCAAAGAAGUGCGACUCCAGAAACUCUCCUGUUCUCUGGUCAACGUCUCGGCAGAAAUGUCCCAAGAUUACUUUGGAUUCUCCGUCAUAAGGAGCAAUGCAAGAAGCAACAAUGCCACCGUGGCCCUGAACAAUCCAGCAGACAUCUCUGUAAUUGUGAUUUACUUUUUGGUGGUCCUGGCUGUCGGAGUAUGGGCUAUGGUUCGCACCAAUCGAGCCACUGUCGGUGGCUUCUUCCUCGCAGGGAGGAGCAUGGUGUGGUGGCCGAUUGGAGCAUCGCUGUUUGCCAGCAACAUUGGCAGUGGCCACUUUGUAGGAAUUGCUGGGACUGCCGCAGCUGCCGGAAUAGCCAUCGGUGGAUUUGAAUGGAAUGCUCUUAUUGUGGUCGUCAUUCUGGGAUGGCUCUUUGUGCCCAUCUACAUCAAAGCUGGGGUGAUCACCAUGCCUGAGUACCUGAAGAAGAGGUUUGGAGGACAGCGUAUUCGCAUCUAUCUCUCUGUGCUGUCCCUUUUCCUGUAUGUUUUCACUAAGAUCUCAGCGGACAUGUUCUCUGGCGCAAUUUUUAUCAACCAGGCUCUCGGGUUGAAUAUCUACCUUGCUGUUGUCAUGCUGCUGCUGAUUACGGCGUUGUACACCGUCACAGGUGGAUUGGCUGCUGUGAUCUACACAGACACCUUACAGACCAUCAUCAUGGUUGUUGGAUCAUUCAUCCUUAUGGGCUUUGCUUUCAAUGAGGUGGGAGGCUACAACAACUUCCAGCAGCUCUACAUGGAGGCCGUUCCUUCCAUGACGGGUAACAUCAGCGCAAGCUGCUACGAGCCGCGCGCCGACUCCUUCCAUAUUUUUAGGAACGCGAUAACAGGAGACCUGCCGUGGCCUGGCCUGGUGUUUGGACUCACCAUCCAGGCCACCUGGUACUGGUGCACCGAUCAGGUGAUUGUCCAGCGCUGUCUCUCUGCCAAGAAUUUAUCUCACGUGAAGGCAGGCUGCAUCUUAUGUGGCUACCUGAAGCUGCUGCCUAUGUUCCUCAUGGUUUUCCCUGGGAUGAUCAGCAGGAUCCUCUACCCUGAUGAGGUAGCAUGUGUGGAACCAGAAUUAUGUGAACAAUACUGUGGGGCUAGUGUGGGCUGCACCAACAUCGCUUAUCCCAAACUGGUGGUGGAUCUCAUGCCCAAUGGUCUGCGAGGUCUUAUGCUGUCUGUGAUGAUGGCCUCGCUCAUGAGCUCACUUACCUCCAUCUUCAACAGUGCCAGUACUCUGUUUACAAUGGACAUCUACACAAAGUUACGCCGCUCCGCUAGUGAAAAGGAACUCAUGAUUGCCGGCAGAGUGUUUAUCUUGGCCCUGAUUGGUGUGAGCAUAGCAUGGAUCCCCGUGGUGCAGUCUGCCCAGAGUGGUCAGCUCUUUGACUACAUCCAGUCCAUCACCAGCUACCUGACACCACCCGUUGCAGCUGUCUUCAUGCUUGCCAUCUUCUGCAAACGGGUCAAUGAGGCUGGUGCAUUUUACGGCCUCACCAUCGGACUGCUGAUCGGCCUGUCCAGGAUGAUAGCCGAGUUUGCUUAUGGGACAGGCAGCUGUGUCAAUCCCAGUGACUGUCCCACCAUCAUAUGUGGAGUCCACUACCUCUACUUCUCCAUCAUCCUGUUUGUCGUCUCCUGUAUCAUCAUCCUGGGAGUCUCUCUCAUGACCAAACCCAUCGACGACAAGCAUUUGUAUCGACUUUGCUGGAGCCUGAGGAAUCGUACGGAGCAGAGGGUGGAUCUUGAACGGGAGGACUGGGUUGAAAACAACGAUACCAACUCUUUGGAAGAAGACAAACCAGAGGAGGAGCAUGGUUUGUGCAAGAAGGCAAUGAUGUGCUUCUGUGGCCUGGAGCAGGAAAAGGCCCCCAAGCUGAGUCCAGAGGAGCAGGAAGAGAUGCAGAAGAAGCUCACAGACACCUCGGAGAAGCCUCUAUGGAGGAACAUUGUCAAUGCCAAUGGCCUCAUCCUCCUUUGUGUGGCUGUUUUCUGUCACGGUUUUUUCGCUUAAUGAAAACCGACUGACUCCACUUGCCCUCAAAUGUGGCAAUUUGUAUUUAAGUGACAGGAUUUUACCUGAAUGUGAUUCAUUACCAAAUAAGUCAGACAGCAACAGUAGCCAAAAACCUCCUAAAAUAUGAAUUUUCUUCGCCUGAAUGCUGCUCGCGGCAGUGGAAAUGUAUUUUAUGUAUAACAUCCACAGGUGUCCCUCAUAAAAUAAUAACAUGCUUUUAGUAUUAGCAGUAAUGAGUACAAAGUCUGAUCCUAAAGACCAGCCCUCCUGAUUCAAUUCAACUCUAAUACUCAUUCACAACACUGGAAAUGUUCACCGCUCAGCCACAGCAGCAAAAUCAGUUACUGGAUCUGAUGUCGAGUCUGAUCCGCGUAAAUGCUUCUCUACUGUUCCACCGACUUUCUAGUUUACAUGUAAGUGACAUGAAAGGGAUACAACCCAGGCCCAUUUUUAUAACAUUCUUUUGUGUGUUUUAUUUCAUCAUGCUUCCUUAAAUUAUGAAAAAAGAAAAAAAAUGAAAAUGCUUGUAAAUUAUCUUUAAUACAUAAUGUUUCUACGUACACGGAGAUUUAAAAUCCCUGGUGAUUACUGUAUCCGCUACCUCAUUCUACAUUCGCCUUCUCUUCUCUUUAUGUGUGCUCAAAGUCCAUGAGUGGCGUCCCUUCUUAAAUCCAUGCACCUUACCGUUUGUUGUAUUAGUUGUUAAUGAAUAAAAACAACUCAGGGAAGAGAGAUUGUGAAGCAGUUUGACUCUCUUUACUUCCCUCUGGUGGUCUCUGCCAUUCCCGCUUUUAUGUUUCUGGUUAAAUCUGCUCUCAGCAAGGUAAACAGUAUAUCAUUUAAGUGCUCAGUUAAUAAAUGCUGAAUGACAAACACA